AUGGAUUUAGCGGUAUUGAAGCAGGAGGCUGCAGACCUGGGGUUGACUGAUCCCCGUGAUAUUGCUAAGUAUGUGCAGGACCAGCAUCGAGACUUGCGGGCGGAGCGCAGAGAGCGGGAAGAUCGCGAACGCGAGUUUGCGGCCGCCGAAGCGAUACGGGAGCACGAAAUUCGGAUGGCGGAGCUAAAUUUUAAGCAUAAGAUAGAAGUCCUUAAAGCUACGCCGCCCACGCCCGUGGCUCCUCCCAAAACGAAGUUGCCGAUGUUUCCUGACGACGCAGACCAGGUCGAAGCUUAUUUCCUCGUAUUCGAAAGGGUCGCAGCCGAUCACGGGUGGGACGAGAAGACGAUGUUUCUGCAGCUCGUCACCCGCCUCCAGGGCCACAGCCUGGAUGUUUAUCACCGCACCGAAAUCGAAGGUAAUUUGACGUACAGCGAAUUAAAGGAAGCUCUGCUGAGUGCUUACGCUAUAAGCCUCGAGCAGGCCCGUUGCAGGUUCCAGGAAGCUCACCUUGACGAGCGGGAGACCUGCAAGCUUUUCAUCAUUCGUCUCUCUCAUCUCUUUAAGACUUGGCAUCGAAGGAGUAAUUUACCUGACACCAAGGAAGGUAUCCUGGAGCUCAUUCUGGUUACGCAACUACUCGCUUCGCUGCCCAAGGGAUUGCGAGCUCAGCUGAGAAUGAACAAAGUUACUAGCCUGGCGGAGACCGCGGACAUAGCGGAUGGCUGGUUCUCUGCUUAUGGCUACAACUAUAGGGUGAAGAAAGAGGGCGAACGAAAGCAAGAGUCAAAGAAACCUGCUAUGAGAAGCGUCGGUGAUCGCAGGGAGUCAAAAUCUCCUGAAACUGCAAAAGCACAGCCGGGAGAACACAAGCACCAGCCUUUCAAUAUGCCACGGAAAGGGGGUGAAAAGAAGCCGUUCUACCAGUCCGGUCACUUGGCUACCGUGAACAGUGUCCCGGAAAAGGAGGAGCCCAAGGUACAUCUGUCUGGCCUGGCACUUGGCCACCAUGUACUCUGUGCAUGCUCUCCUCUUCCCUUGCCUUCAGCAGCCAGCAAGAGAUUGUCUACUGCAGAGGGCCUAGUCCAGGGCCGCAGAGCAAUUAUCAUGCGAGACUCUGGCUCCACAGGAUGUGUAGUUAAAAAAAGGUAUGUAAAAAGAAAGGAUUAUACUGGCAAAACCGUUCGUGUUACAAUGAUUGAUGGUUCACAAAUAGUUGUCCGUGAGGCAAAGGUUUUCUGCCAGUCCCCUUAUUUUACAGGCACUGUGACUGCUGCUGUUAUGGAUAACCCCGCCUUCGAUUUUGUCCUGGGCAACGUGCCUGGAGCUGGCCUGGUCCCGGCGAAAGAGGUCCAGACGCAGACCCAGGUGGAAGGAGGCAAGGACGCGAUGACACAAACUGCAGAGGAGAGUGAACCUACUGCACAAGAUGUCCCCCUUAUGUCAGAAUCCCCUGGUGUUCGCGAUGGACCAACCAUAUCUGCAGACAUUAUGGAUCAGACCAGUGCUGCUGUCACUACGAGAGCUGCUGCACGUCGCUCUGAGAUCAGUACACGACUGGCAAAUCCACAAGGUCUGGAGGCACUACUAAAAGGCGAGGAUAUAGCUGAGCAGCAGAAAAAUGAUGCCACCCUCUCCAAACUACGUGAAUAUGCUGAGCAACGUCAUGUUCGCCUCUACAAGGGAAUAAAGAUGGACUUUAUAUGGCAGAACAACAGACUUUACCGACGAACUACCUUGCCUCAGGGUGAGGUGAAGCUGCAGUUCGUUGUUCCAGCUGGAUGUCGCCAACAAGUCUUCAAGUUGGGGCACCACUCGCUCCUCGGAGGUCACAUGGGGGCAGCCAAAACUCUCGCCCGAAUACAAGCCAUUAUGUUCUGGCCUGGAAUGGGAGCUGAAAUCUUAAGACUCGGCCGUUCCUGUGACAUAUGUCAGAAGACAACGGACAAGGGACGCAAUACUGCAGCACCUCUACAGCCACUUCCUGUGAUUUCGGAACCGUUCUCUCGCGUGGCUGUCGAUAUUGUGGGUCCCAUUUCACCUUGUGCUGACGAUAAAUCGAAAUACAUCCUUACAGUCGUUGAUUUUGCAACAAGAUGGCCAGAAGCUGUUGCCCUGAAGAACAUAGAAGCUGCCACGGUUGCAGAAGCUCUCUUCGAUAUGUUCUGCAGAAUCGGCAUACCCAAGGAAGUACUGAGCGACAGAGGUACACAGUUUACAUCAGGCAUGAUGGAAGAGACCUGGAAGCUCCUUUCAGUAAAGGGCAUGAGAACUACACCAUACCACCCACAAGGAAAUGGUCUUUGUGAGCGAUUUAAUGGCACACUAAAGAAGAUGCUAAAACGUAUGGCAGCAGACCAGCCGCGGGAAUGGCCUCGUCUCUUGGCACCGCUGCUGUUUGCCUACAGAGAAGCCCCGCAAAGUUCCUUAAGAUUCUCCCCAUUUGAGUUGGUGUACGGUAGACCAGUAAGAGGCCCUUUGCAAGUUCUUAGGGAGCUGUGGGACAACACUGAGGAUGACCCAGUAAUCACCUCCUCUUAUCAGUAUGUUCUGGAUCUGAGUGAACGCUUGCAUUCUACGUGCGAACUCGCAAAAGAGGAGCUUUUGAAAAGCCAGGUCACUCAGAAGUCUUAUUAUGACAGGAAAGCCAAGUUUCGUACUCUUGAUGAAGGAGAUCAGUGCUUGAUAUUGCUACCUACGAGCACAAACAAGCUCCUAGCACAGUGGAGUGGACCUUAUACUAUUCUCAAACGAGUUUCAGACGUUAAUUACAUCGUAGGAAUCGGCCACGAGAAGAAACGUUUCCACAUAAACAUGAUAAAGAAAUAUUAUCCAAGGUCCUCCCCUGUACCUCAGUCUAGCCAUGCAACUCGUCAACAAGAAAAGAGUGACAAUCGACGUUCAGUCAAUGUUCGACGACGCUGCUCUUCUGAGAAAGGUAUUGAUAACUCGAAAAGGUUUGGUUGUACGGCAACCGUAAUACCUGAAGACUCUGGUUUCUGCCAGCCCUUGACUCCUGAGGCUGAUUCGAGGGAAGGACCAGAGAGUAUUAUCAUAAACCCGAAGCUAGAGGACCACCAUAAGGCAGACCUCCAUGAGAUCAUUCAGAAGUACCCUGAAAUCUUCUCUGACCAACCCCGAGUUGCCAAGGUGGAAGAACAUCGAAUCGUCCUUCGUAAUAAAGAGCCAGUGCGCACAAAGCCAUAUCCCAUACCUCUGCGAUAUGUAGACUUGGUGAUCAAAGAGAUAAAGAAACUGGAAGCUAUGGGCAUUAUUGAACCGUCCAAGAGUUCGUAUUGUUCACCCAUAGUUGUGGUUAAGAAGAAAGGAGGAGACAUCAGGAUCUGCGGGGAUUACCGUCGCGUUAACGCAGCUACUCAUUUCGAGGCGGAACCAAUGUCUGAUCAACGCAUUAUCUUCUCACGUUUAUCUGCCUCUAAAUAUUUUACAAAACUGGACCUGACAAAAGGAUUCUUCCAGAUUCCUUUGCAUCCAGAGAGCAGGAAGAUAACAGCCUUCAAAACCCCCUGUGGACUGUAUCAAUACAAGGUGCUACCCUUUGGAUUAACGAACUCCCCCUCAGUCUUCAAUCGGUGCAUGCGUCAAGUACUUGGAGAUAUUUCGGGAGUAGAAAUUUUUAUGGAUGACGUACUCGUACAUACAUCGACUUUGGCUGAGCACCAGAAGCUUCUCGACGUAGUUUUCAGUAAAUUAUCUCUGCAUCGAAUGACCCUAAAGCCCAGCAAGUGUGAGAUAGCCUUCACACGGACACACUUCCUUGGCCACACAGUUGGAGAUGGCAAAUGCGAGUGUCAGCAGGAGAAACUACAGAAGAUUCGCAUGGCACCGCGACCCGUUAAUCAACACCAGCUUCGUUCUUUCCUCGGCCUCGUUGGGUAUUAUCGGAGCUUCAUCAAAAACUUUACGCAGAUUGCUCUUCCACUAUUCAACCUCCUGAAGAAAGACUGCAGCAUCAAGCUGGUGUGGGGUGCAGAGCAAGAGAAAUCCUUCACUACACUAAAGGAAACCUUGUGCUCUGAACCUAUUCUCCGACUUCCAUCCAAAGAUAAACCCUUUACUUUGCGGACGGAUGCAUCGGGAGAAGGUGUUGGAGCAAUCCUUCUGCAAGAGUUUGAUGGCAUAUUGUUCCCCGUAGCUUACCACAGCCGUAGACUCUCCAAAGCCGAAUGCAAUUAUUCGACAGUUGAACGAGAGCUGUUAGCGCGAUCUAAGACCGCCAACGCGCGCUUGAUGCGCUGGGCGCUCUACCUUCAACAAUUUGAGUUCAAUAUCCGCUACAUAAGAGGAACUGAGAACGUAGGAGCUGAUCUACUCUCAAGGCUGGUCAGCGGAAGCAGCAGUGACCUUGAGGACAGCCGAGCUGAAAUGUCUCGCAACCCAGGACCUCAACUACAAUAUCAUGAAGCGGAGGUGGGAAGAAUCCUCAUCCCUAAUGAGGUGCUACCCAGAAUAAAGAACUUUGAUUCUAAAGGAACUGAGAUUCCAAAGGGCAAUUAUGGGAAUCGUAAUGACUCCCGGGCUCCCAAACCAGACAAGUUGUGUACAUUCAAAUUUUAUGCUUCAAGGCAACAGCAGAAUUUUUAA